UCGGGGUGAAGGCGGGGGCGUGUCCCGUCCUAGCGGGGGACCGUGUGUGUGCUUGCUUCUACUUCCCCGGGUCCUCCCUCUCUCCUCCUCCCUCUCUCCGGAGCUUCCUGCCCUAACCCCAACCACCUGUGUACCGGAGAAAUCCAACUCCUCCCGCUCCGCGUCCUGGGGGGAUAGGCAGGGACAGGGCCAAGCCGCAGAGGGGGCCGCCACCGCCUCCUGCCUCCUCUUCGCCUCCUCCCCCUCCCCCGUCUGACGCUGCCUCCUCGGGAAGGGUGUUUGGAGGGCAGCGGCCGCCCCAAGCCGGAGCCCCGCAGCGCUUCUUAUGAUCAGCUCGGUGUGUGUCUCCUCCUACCGCGGGCGCAAGUCGGGGAACAAGCCUCCGUCCAAAACAUGUCUGAAGGAGGAGAUGGCCAAGGGCGAGGCGUCGGAGAAGAUCAUCAUCAACGUGGGCGGCACGCGACAUGAGACCUACCGCAGCACCCUGCGCACCCUACCGGGAACCCGCCUCGCCUGGCUGGCCGACCCCGACGGCGGGGGCCGGCCCGAGACCGAUGGCGGCGGUGUGGGCAACAGCGGCAGCAGCGGCGGCGGGGGCUGCGAGUUCUUCUUCGACAGGCACCCGGGCGUCUUCGCCUACGUGCUCAACUACUACCGCACCGGCAAGCUGCACUGCCCCGCCGACGUGUGCGGGCCGCUCUUCGAGGAGGAGCUCACCUUCUGGGGCAUCGACGAGACCGACGUGGAACCCUGCUGCUGGAUGACUUACCGGCAGCACCGCGACGCCGAGGAGGCGCUCGACAUCUUCGAGAGCCCGGACGGAGGCGGCAGCGGCGCGGGGCCCAGCGAUGAGGCCGGCGACGAUGAGCGGGAGCUGGCCCUGCAGCGACUGGGCCCCCACGAGGGAGGCGCGGGCCAUGGCGCCGGGUUUGGGGGCUGCCGCGGCUGGCAGCCCCGCAUGUGGGCGCUCUUCGAGGAUCCCUACUCCUCCCGGGCCGCUAGGGUAGUGGCCUUUGCCUCUCUCUUCUUCAUCCUGGUCUCCAUCACCACUUUCUGCCUGGAGACCCAUGAGGCCUUUAAUAUCGACCGCAACGUGACAGAGAUCCUCCGCGUAGGGAACAUCACCAGCGUGCACUUCCGGCGGGAGGUAGAGACAGAGCCCAUCCUGACCUACAUCGAGGGCGUAUGCGUGCUGUGGUUCACACUGGAGUUCCUGGUGCGCAUCGUGUGCUGCCCCGACACGCUGGACUUCGUCAAGAACCUGCUCAACAUCAUCGACUUUGUGGCCAUCCUGCCCUUCUACCUGGAGGUGGGGCUGAGCGGCCUAUCAUCCAAGGCGGCCCGCGACGUGCUGGGCUUCCUGCGCGUGGUGCGCUUCGUGCGCAUCCUGCGUAUCUUCAAGCUCACACGCCACUUCGUGGGGCUGCGCGUGCUGGGCCACACCCUGAGGGCCAGCACCAAUGAGUUCCUGCUGCUUAUCAUCUUCCUGGCCCUGGGUGUGCUCAUCUUUGCCACCAUGAUCUACUACGCUGAGCGCAUUGGGGCCAGGCCCUCCGACCCUCGGGGUAAUGACCACACCGACUUCAAGAACAUCCCCAUUGGUUUCUGGUGGGCUGUGGUCACCAUGACGACACUGGGCUAUGGAGACAUGUACCCCAAGACGUGGUCAGGCAUGCUGGUAGGGGCACUGUGUGCGCUGGCUGGCGUGCUCACCAUCGCCAUGCCGGUGCCUGUCAUCGUCAACAACUUCGGCAUGUACUACUCCCUGGCCAUGGCCAAGCAGAAGCUGCCCAAGAAACGGAAGAAGCACGUGCCACGGCCGGCCCAGCUGGAGUCACCCAUGUACUGCAAGUCUGAGGAGACCUCCCCCCGGGACAGCACCUACAGUGAUACCAGCCCCCCUGCCCGGGAAGAGGGUAUGAUCGAGAGGAAACGGGCAGACUCUAAGCAGAAUGGCGAUGCCAACGCAGUGCUGUCCGAUGAGGAGGGAGCUGGCCUCACCCAACCCCUGGCCUCGUCCCCUACCCCCGAGGAGUGCCGGGCCCUGCGACGCUCCACCACUCGAGACAGAAACAAGAAGGCAGCUGCCUGCUUCCUGCUCAGCGCUGGGGACUAUGCCUGCGCAGAUGGUAGUGUCCGGAAAGGCACAUUCGUCCUCCGUGACCUUCCCCUUCAGCAUUCACCUGAGGCUGCAUGCCCUCCAACUGCUGGGACUCUGUUCCUGCCACAUUGAGGAAGGGGGCUGGGCACGACAUGGCAUCAUACUCAGGAGCCUUCUUCACCAGCUCCUUGGGACAAUGGAAUAUCCCAGGGUGGUGACAGCAGAUGGAGCUACUUGGGGGAGAGCUCAAGUUGGUCAGGCAACAGCUGGGGUGAUGGCCUGUGAGCCACAGGCCACAUCAGGAACUUUCCCCACUGCCUCCAUGCAAGGCUGCAGAGCUAUGGUCCCUUUCUCCACUGCACUGGAGCUUUGAAGACCUAAGAGGCUAGUGGUUCCUGGAGCUAGUGGUUACCUGAACAGGUAUGGCGAUGAGCUACAACAUCACCUGAGUCACCAGAGUUGGGUUGGCAGAGGGGUGAAGGGCUCACCCCAUUCCCUGACCCAUCCAUGCUCUUCCUGGCCUUUUAGCCCUGGGUUCCUCAUGCCUUCCAGCUCUGCUCCUGGCCUACUCCUCAGCCCACACCCUGUGGGUCAGCAGCUGGCUUCCUUCUAACAUCUCAUUCUUUGUUUCUACCUUUCUUUUGCCGAACUCCCUGUCCCCCCAACCCCAGAAGGCAAUGUUGAGCCGAAAGCGUGCGUCCCAGUGUCUCACACCUGUGCUCUUUAAACACAGAGACCUGCCAAGACGCCCUCUCGUCCAACUAUGCCCAGGCUGAAGUCCUCACCCUCUCUUAAAGCGGCACCAACGUGAGAGAGACAGGCAGACAGACAGAAAGCCAGAGGCUUAGGGAAACUCUGGAACCCAGACAAGAAUCUUUUCGCUGGGAAAGACUCAGAUAUCCUUGUUUGCACAGGACUGGUGGAAAAUCUCCCAUGCGACCCUCGGGGCCCAGAGCCAUCUGGGUCUGAUGUUCUGUUCUGUUGUACAUUGAAGAGAUAUAUAUGCACAUAUAGUAUCUAUAUUCAUACAUACUAUACUCUUGUGUGUAGUGCACGUGCUAUUGGUGGUUUGUCUUCUUUGUUAGGCUGUGUCUCCCUAAGCUCUUGCCCCACCCAGAGUUUCCCAACCCCUUCACUGAUUUCUGUUGUUUCUGCUGACUGUGUGCGUGGAAUGUCCCAAGAAAAGUGCAUCUGGGAAUUGCCAGUCCAGCUGGGUGGCCCCAGGCUCCUAUCUUGGGGAUGUUUCCCCUGUCAGCAAGUAACUUGGUGAAGUCUAUUGAAGGCCAGACUGCCCCCUAGGGUCACUGCUUCACUAGCCCCACCCCACCCCAGAUUGGGGUUCUACCUCCCACCCCACAUCCUCGUUGUGGGGGGACUUCCAGGGGCUCCUCUGCAGCCUCCUCCACUCCUUCCUCCACCCCAUCUGUGUCCUUGACUUGGGGGGGCAUUUUGUCUUUUUUAUUUUUGAUUUUGUUCUGUCUCCUUUGUCUGUUUGUUGUCAAAGAUGCUGCUGGGCAGACGGGCAGGGAAAGGAUCUGUCUGCCCAUCUGGCCCAGGGGGUCUGAGAAGGGAAGCCUUGGGCAAGAGGAGACCAGUUGCAAUACUGUACUUCCUGGCCAGUGGCCAGAGGAUGCGUGCAAUAGCAGAGGCCAGGUGACCCCUUCAGCCUUGGCCUCUGCCCCUCCCUUGGCCCUCCCUCCCUACUCCUCCCUGGUGUUGGUCAGUCCUUUUCUAAAGCUGUCCCCUCGUGUGUGUCUGGGGCAUGCCCAGGCUGGGCCCUGUGCCUUGUCUGCAUGCCUCCAACUGUCAUGCUGUGCUCGAGUCCCAAUAAAGACAUCUGGAGCAUCCUGCUGCUCCUGCUGUGUGA